CCAUCGCCCCCCUCACCUUCCUCUUCCUCAACGCCCAUGUCUCAUCGGCCUUUGUCUACGGAACAUCCCACUCCCCCUCCCCCUCGUCGGUCUCUCCCCCACGCCCUUGUCCUUGCUGCUGCUGCUGCUGCCGCCGACUCGCACUCCCCGACAACUCCAAUCUACAGCACUUCUUCCCUUCGUGACCCCCCACCUAACACCACCCCUCCGGGUGCUCGCAGUCCCUCUCCAUCCUCCGUAAACCCCGGCGACCUCGACCGCGAGGACCGCAGGAAGGGCAAGGGCCGUGAGCGUGACGAACUGUGAGUGGCGCGUGGCGCGCGGAGCGCGUGGGCAGUGGGCAGUGGGCUGUGGAAGAGACCCACUUUUCCAGUGCAGUGCACUACUAACACCCCAGCGCCGACGACGACCACUCGCGCCCAGAGAAGCGCAGCCGCACUGGCCCGGGAAGCGGCCGCAGCGGCCGUCCCAGUGGCGACUCGCCCCCCAGCUCCAAGGGGACUGC